UGUGAAAUAAGAGGGCGCUUUCGUUGUCAGACGAAGAAGGUCGUCUACCAUUAAGCACGCAAGAAAAAUCGGAUAAAAACUAAUGCAUAUAUUGCACUUUUGCAUUAAGAAAUUUGAUUUGAUUAGUUCAUUUUUAUAAAGAAGAAUUUCGUGUAAGAUGCCCGUCUUUCAUACGAAGACAAUCGAAAGUAUUUUGGAGCCUGUUGCACAACAGGUAUCUAGACUGGUGAUUUUACAUGAAGAAGCCGAAGAUGGAAAUGCUAUGCCAGAUUUGUCGAGACCAGUUCAAGCUGUUAGCAAAGCAGUGGCCAAUUUAAUAAAGGUUGGAAGAGAUACAAUUAAUAGCAGUGAUGAUAUGAUAUUAAGACAAGAUAUGCCUUCAGCUCUCCAGAGAGUUGAACAGGCAUCCAAACUUCUGGAAGAAGCAUCUCAAAUGCUAAAAGCAGAUCCUUUUUCUCAACCAGCAAGAAAAACACUCAUUGAAGGAUCAAGAGGCAUUUUACAAGGAACUUCAGCACUUUUAUUGUGCUUUGAUGAGUCUGAAGUAAGAAAAAUAAUUCAUGAGUGCAAAAAAGUUUUGGAUUAUCUUGCAGUGGCAGAAGUAAUUGAAAGUAUGGAAGAUCUUGUCCAAUUUGUAAAGGAUUUAAGUCCUUGCCUAACCAAAGUGUCAAGAGAUGUAGAUGCUAGAGAAAAAGAACUUACUCAUCAAGUGCAUCGAGAAAUAUUGAUUCGGUGUCUUGAAUCUGUGAAAACUCUUGCUCCGAUUCUAAUAUGUAGCAUGAAAAUAUUUGUCCAGAUUUAUUCUCAAGGUGGAAAAGGUGCAGAUGAAGCAGCAGAAAAUAGAAAUUAUCUGUCUCAAAGAAUGACAGACGAAAUAAAUGAAAUUAUUAGAGUCCUUCAAUUAACAACUUAUGAUGAGGAUGAAUGGGAAGCUGAUAAUUUAACAGCAAUGAAAAGAGCUCAGAAUGCCAUUACUGGAAAACUUCAAACAGCUCAUGAAUGGCUAGCAGAUCCUGUUGCUCUCACUGGUGGCAUUGGAGAAAAAUCAGUCCGACAAAUUUUAAAUUAUGCACAAAAAGUAGCAGAGAGAGCUCUUCCUCUAGAUAGGGAUACAUUAAAAAAAUUAUCUGAUGAUGUUAUUACUAUGACUAAUACUCUGUGUGAUUUAAGACAACAAGGAAAGGGAUCUUCCCCUCAAGCUCGAUCUCUUUCGCAAGCUGUCAGCCAGAAAUUAAAUGAUCUAAAUAAUGCUAUCAGUCAAGCCAUACUUAAUAUGGAUCGAAGUGGCAUUCAACAGCCAGCACAUACUAUGAUUGGAAGAGUUGAACAAGCUCAGCGUUGGCUGAAUACACCUGGUUAUGAUGAUAAAGGACUUGGUCUUCAAGCAAUAAAAUUAAUUGUAGAAGAAGGAAAACGAGUUGCUGAAAGUUGCAAUCCCCAUGAAAGAGCUGAAAUUUAUCAUCUCUGUAAUGAUGUGGAUUUGUUAUCAAGACAGUUAGCAGAUAUGUGUAAACAUGGACAGGGAUCUACUCCACAAGCACAGGCUUUAGCAAGAACUGUUUCAUCAAAAUUAUAUGACUUAAAAUCAAAAGUGCAAAAUGCAUUGGUUAACAAGGUUGUGGAAGAUUUUAUAGAUAUUGGUACACCAUUAAAACAGUUUACUGAAGCUGUAUUAGCUGUUGAAGGAACUCCAAACAGAGAAGAAACUUUUCAAGAGAAAGCUCGAGCAUUAGCUGAAUAUUCACAGAAACUGGCCAGAACUGCUCGUAGUGUUGCAUCUGGAAGUACAGCAAACAAAAAAGUUGCCGAAGCUUUAUUGGCAUCUACUCAUCAGUUGGAAAGUCUUACACCACAGCUUGUAAGUGCAGGCCGAAUUAGAAUGUCUUAUCCUGAAAAUAAGGCUGCUGAUGAACAUUUUGAAAAUUUAAGAAAGCAGUAUUCUGAGACAAUGCAAAAGAUGCGCCAAUUGGCAGAUGAAGCUACAGACACCGUUAGCUUUAUAAAAGCAACAGAGGAUUGUAUUAAACAACAUACUAAUUCAUGUGAAGAUGCCAUUGUUCAUCAUGUCCCACAACAGAUGGUAGAUAACACUUCAAGUAUUGCCCGUUUAGCAAAUAGAGUUUUAAUGGUUGCUAAACAAGAAUCAGAUAAUUCAGAAGAUCCGCAUUUUGUUUCGAAAGUUAAUAUAGCUGCUGAUCAACUUCAAUCAAGUGUGACACCAAUGGUGCAAGAUGCAAAAUCUGUUACAUUGGACAUGAAUAAUCAAAUGGCCAUAUCACGUUGGAGAGAUUCAAAUAAGGCGUUAAUAACAGCUGUAGGUCAAGUAAGACAGGCUGUAACUGUGACACCAGAGGAACCACCUAUACCUCCUCCACCAGAUAUGAGUUCUCUUAAUCUAGAUGUUGCUCCUCCACGUCCGCCUUUACCUAAUACUGAGGACUUAGCUCCUCCAAGACCACCUCUGCCAGAAACAGAUGAUGAAUUUGAAGCUCACUUUCCUUCUCCUCUUCCAAAUCAACCCAUCAUGUUAGCAGCACACGGUCUUCAUCAGGAAGUCAAACAAUGGUCUAGUAAAGAUAAUGAAAUAAUUGCAGCUGCCAAAAAGAUGGCAUUACUGAUGGCUAAACUUAGUCAACUAGUCAGAGGAGAAGGAGGAUCCAAGAAAGAUCUCAUUGCUUGUGCUAAAUCCAUUGCCGAAGCUUCAGAAGAAGUAACUCGUUUGGCAAAAGAACUUGCACGCAUGUGCACUGAUAAACGAAUGAGAACUAAUAUUCUCCAAGUAUGUGAAAGAAUUCCUACUAUUGGAACUCAACUACGCAUCUUAUCCACAGUGAAAGCAACAAUGCUAGGAGCUCAAGCACCUAUAAUUACUCCAGAUGGGAGCCAAAUUAUUUGUGGUAAUUAAAGUUUUAAAUCUCUGCAUUAU